CCUGGACAGACAUCGUACGGAUUGCUGACCGCCAGCAUCCGAUUCCUCGAGCUUUUAGACCCUACUCGCGACCUUUCGUUCGCCUGCAGGCAGGUCAUCUUUCACGACCGACCUUCACGCGACGCCCCGUGCAAUUAUCAAUCAACACCAUCGCAGCAAUUCAAUGAGCAAAUCCUCAACCGCUUCUACGCCAAAGACGUCGUCUCAGCUACCGUCAAAGUCUGCUUGGUCCAAGGGCCCGCCAGCAAACACUGCGACAGCGCCGUCUACCCGUCCGCAAUCUCCCGCUCCUUCAGCUGCCGCUCCUUCUGCACCACCUACCCACUCUAGACGAUCGAGCACGUUGGGACAGGGCGUUGCGUUCAAGGAUGGAGUAGGAGCCCGGAACACAGCGACUCCCACAAAAUCAGGCUCAUCAGUGACCUUCGGGUCGAUAGACGAUGCGGCCGCCCCCAUAUCCUCCUCCCCCGCGGCGGUGCCGACGAUCAAACCUGAGGGGAUAAAGUCGUUCGGCUCUGUGCCAGCCUCGACCUCGAACGGAAAAGGCCAUUCCCGGACAACGUCGUUCUCGACAGGUACGCCCCCGUCUGUGGCGGCCUCUACCUCUACCACGCCCUCCACCUCUACCGCAGCCUCAGGCUCGGCUUCGACGCCCAAACCUCCAAAAUUCGACGUCAGGAGUCUCUUCCAAAAACCGAGCCAAGAUGGACCAUCAGCGUCGUCGUCAUCCGCUGAUGUUACCUCUCCUGCGAUCCGCUCCGCCCCCCUCCCUCAACCGUCGCUCGGACCCCAAGGGCAACAUCCUCCACAUCAACCACAGCCACCUCAGAUGGGCGGUCCCUAUUCGAACUUCAGGCCGCAGCAAAACGGCUCAAACGCGGGUGUUCCCCGCUCGCCCAGCUUCCCCCGCCAGAUGCCUAACGGCAACGUCAACGGGCGGCCACCACCCACGCCGAAUGGCCCUCCAUCAGCAGGCAUGCCACAAGCGAUGCCCAGUCCCAGAAUGGGGCCACCGCAUGGCGGGCAGCCACAGCCUGUGCCACAUGGCGCGCCUGGUGCACCCGUACCGGUACCGCAGUGGGGGGGAUACUACUACCCCUAUGGGAUGCCGAUGGACCCGAACUACUACCCGCACACUCCCCAGUGGAUGCCGCAGCACAUGGCACCGCAGCCACACACACCGCAAGCGCCGCCCGGGUCAUUACCCGGCAUGCCCAUGUCACCGCGCGGCCAACAACCGACACUCCAUCCACCUGGGACGCCCACCAUGGCACCCACGAUCCCGCCCAACGCCCACCCGCCACAUCCGACGCCCUCGCCACAUAUGCACACAUCUUCGCUUUCCAGCAUCUCCUCCACCCCUUCCACCCCGGCAUCAUCCACCGCGCCAGGCGGUGGCCUCUCCCGCUUGAACUCGAACGCGAGCUCCUUCACGCCGAAGCGCGUUGUCAUCAAAUCUGAGUCUGGCCAGGAGGUCGACCUUGAGCGUUUCAAGAAGCAGGCCCCCGCUGUCUCGUCGCCUAUCGUACCGAGUUCACCCGCACGGCGACCAGUAUCGGUCCGGAUAGAGACCGAGGAGGCCAAACGGAAGCGGAUAGCCGAGGAAGAGGCGGCUAAGCGGAAAGAGAAGGAGAAGGAUGCCGAGGUGAACGCGAAGAAGGCGGCGGAGGAGAAGGCUCGGCGCGACGAGGAGACGCGCAAGUCGGAGGAGGCGGAGGCUCAGAAGAAGCGGGAGGAGGAGGAGCAACGGAAGAAGGUCGAGGAGGAGCGGGCGCGGAAGGAGGCGGAGGAAGAGAAGGAGAGGUUACGCAAGGAGAAGGAGGAGAAGGAGCGACUGGCACUCGAGGCCGAGGAGAAGGCGCGCAAGGAGGAGGAGGAGCGCAAGCUCAGGGAGGAGGAAGAGCGUGCUGCGAAGGAGGCAGAGGAGAAGGCGAAGGCGGCGGCGUCGGCUGCGACAAAGCCCGAACCUUCAGAGGAGGGCGAGGUUUCAGAGUCGUUGGAUGCCGCCGACGAGGCUGCCAAAGAAGAGGCCAAGGACAAGGUCUCGGACAAAGCACCCCUCCGCAUCGACACCUCCCUCAACAGCGAUGGCAAGCGUCGCCCUGGCCGUCUUGAUCUAUCGUCGACGAAGACCAAUGCCAUCCCUGCCCCUCUACCUUCGGCCCUGGCCACCGCUCGCAUUAUUGAGGACAUCGGCAGCAUUGAGUACCCCGAGGGUAUUCUGAGCCCCAAACCGGAGCUCAAUAUGAAUGCCAAGCAGGGCAAGUUCAGGUAUGACCGAGACUUCCUCCUCCAGUUCAUGGCUGUGUGCAAGGAGAAGCCCGACUCUCUCCCUCCUCUCGACGCCAUUGGUCUCGAGCCGACCGACCAGAGCUUCGCUAUGCCUCCUCGCGGUGGCUCGCAACACGGCCACAACCGUCGGCCUUCCUCCACUGCCAUGCCUCCGCCUUCAUCCAACGUGUCUCGUCAGGCCAGCGUCGGCCUCGGCAUCUCCGGCUUCCAGAAGAACGUCAACCCUUUCACGAUGGGCCAGUUCUCAACUCCGAAGAUGUCUAGCGAAGAGCGGUUCGCGGCUUCGAGCCGAUCGACGUCUGUGUCUAGUGGUCCGGCUGGCCUGCCUUUCGGGCGCCCCGCGCCCAUGGUUCGUUCUUCCAGUCAGGGUGGUCCCAGCAGCAGUGGUCGCACACGGAGUCAGCGUGGUGGCAAACGGGACAAGGACCGUCCCGACGCCGGUCCUUCCAGACAAGGCAACGCCUUUGGCUCGUCCCUUGCCAACUCAAUGUCACUGGAGCCGGUUGCUCCGCUGGAGGUCUCGGCGAACCGCUGGACGCCUGGCAGCCUUGUCAAGAAGGGCCCGGUGGCCGACCAGGACUCACCCGAGGUUGUCGACCGCAAAGUCCGGUCACUGCUCAACAAGCUUACCAUGGAGCGCUUCGACUCGAUCUCGGACCAGAUCAUCGCGUGGGCGAACAGGUCGGAGAAGGAGCAGGACGGCCGGACACUCAUCCAGGUCAUUCGGCUCGUGUUCGAGAAGGCGACAGACGAGGCGACGUGGUCGGAGAUGUACGCGCGUCUGUGCCGGAAGAUGAUGGAGCAGAUCAGCCCCAACGUCCGCGACGACGGCAUCAAGAACGCCGACGGCAAGCCCAUCGCGGGUGGCCAGCUCUUCCGCAAGUACCUGCUCAACCGUUGUCAGGAGGACUUCGAACGCGGGUGGGUUGCGAAGGAGGCCACGGCCGCUGCGGCAGCGACGAAGGCCACCGAGGACCAGGCCGCGAAGGCGGCUGCCGAUGGCAAAGAGGACGAGGAGAGCGCAUUGUACUCAGAGGAGUACUACGCUGCGCAGAAGGCGAAGCGGCAGGGUCUCGGUCUCAUCAAGUUCAUUGGUGAGCUCUUCAAGCUCCAGAUGCUUACGGAGCGCAUCAUGCACGAGUGUGUGAAGAAGCUGCUGGGCAACGUCGAGAAUCCCGAGGAGGAGGAGAUCGAGAGUUUGUGCAAGCUCUUGACGACGGUCGGCCAGAUCCUCGAUACCCCCAAGGCCCGCGCCCACAUGGACGUGUACUUCUCGCGCAUGAAGGAGCUCUGCAAGAGCCCGAACGUCAACUCGCGUAUGCAGUUCAUGCUUCAGGAUAUCAUCGAAUUGCGCGAACGCAAGUGGAUUCCGCGCAACCUGGCCGCUGCCCCUACCACGAUCGCCGCGCUCCGCGAGCAGAUCGAGAAGGAGAAGGCUGCAUCGGACAAGGACGCCAUGAACCGUACUCUGAGCAUGUCUCGUGGUGGCUCAAGACGCGGCGGCGACCGCAACGACCACCAGCAGAUCGGCCCCGACGGCUGGGCAGUUGCUGGCGGACCUGCUCCCCGCCAGCCGCCCAAGGCCGGUGACCUCUCCAACUUCGGCAAGAUCAACAAGUCGACCCCGAUGACCUUUGGCCCCAGCUCUGUCUUCCAGAAGGACAAGACAAAGAGCCGGGAGUCCACGCUCUCCCGCCAGGGCUCGACGAACAUGUUCUCUAUGCUCAGCGCGAACCCCGAGAUUGCGGCGGAGGUCACUUCCGCGAAGUCCAGUCGCCCCCCGAGCCGGAAGAGCAGUGUCGACCUCGGUCCUGGUGGUGCUCCGGAGGCGACCCCGCAACGGAAGCGCCUCCAGCUCCUUCCACGCUCAGUUCCUGUCGACGGCAAGGCGGAGUCGACGCCUGCUGGCUCGACCGCCGGGUCAGACGACGAGGGUGCCGAGUCCACGAGCGGGCCCUCCAUGUCGGUCGAGGAGGCCAACACGCGGAUCUCUGAGGACUUGAAGGAGUUCUUCAGCAUCCGCGACCUCAACGAAGCCGACGUGUACUUCACGAAGCUCCCAACAGAGCACCGGCACUUGCUCGUCGACAAGCUCGUCACGAGGGCGGUGGAGUCGAAGGAGGCCGACGCGCAGCUGGUCGCCGACCUCCUCGACCGGGCGCACUCGAAGAACCUGGUCUCACCAGCGUCGUUCGAGGAGGGCUUCAACCCUGUGGCAGAGAUCAUUGACGACAUCGCCAUCGACGCGCCGAAGGCCCUGAACCUGUUUGCGAUCAUGAUGAAGGGUGCACACUUGCACGAAGACGAGGAGCGCCGCGCGCGCCUCACGGGCAAGUCCAUGGACAGCGACAAGCUCGUCUCUCUUCUGUCGUCAUAGACAUUCACCGGUACCAUAUUCCCCCCUCUUCCGCUCCGCUUCCCGUCCCCCGUCCGCUCGCUUACCGUGCAUUCCCUGUCUGGCUGUCCUGCGAGUACCUACUGUUGUCUGCUGCACUCACUCUUGGUGUUUUAUAUUCCGCGCGUCCGCGAUGGUGUUUGCAUUAGUAUGUACCUAUUACAUCGCACAGUAUUGCACGAUAAUAUCCCUUCCUGCCUCUGACACUCCUGUUGCUUGUGUGCGAGCCUGUAUGAGUAUCUGCGUAUCCUUGACUGACACUUGCCCGAGUGCACGAUCC